AUGUUUUCUUCAAUCAAUAAAGGCUAUGAAAUGCUCUGGAAGUCCUUUAUAAGGCCUGAAAGAGAAAACUACUCUAUCUAUGAUCUUGGGGACCGAAUUUUUACAUUAGUUGACGAUAGGACAUAUCAGCGGACAGAUUUUUCAAUAGUAAGUAGCAAUGGUUGCAGAAUCCAAUGCUCUCAUUUUGAGCCUUUAGAGGCUUCGAGGCCUGAAGAAAUCAUGCCAUGUGUCAUAUAUUUACAUGGAAAUUGUGGUUCCAGAAUAGAAGGUCUUGAUACUGUUCCUAUGUUGUUACCCUACAAUAUGACAGUAGUUUGUUUUGAUUGAGCAGGAUGUGGCCUAUCAGAAGGAGAAUACGUCACAUUAGGCUGAUAUGAAAGAUAUGAUUUGGAAAUUUUAGCAAAUUAUUUGAUUAAAAAUAGAAGAGUAAGCUCUAUUGGGCUUUGGGGGAGAAGUAUGGGCGCUGUUGCAGCAAUUUAUUAUGCAAGCCAAAAUUUUCCAAUCGCUGGACUUGUUUUGGAUAGCCCGUUUUCGUCACUACGAAAAUUAGCUACCGAAAUAGGUGAAAAGGCUGCCGGUGUACCUAACUUUUUGAUCAAUCGGUCAAUUAGCUUAUAUAAUUUUCUAGAGUGGUCUCUAGUUGCUCAGCGUCGUGAGACACUUUUUUUCUUCGUCUUGUCGUUACUCUCAAACUCAUGUCGAGCCUUGCAGUCAAACUUGCUCCUCCUAGUCCCCGUGAAGCCAUCUGACAACCAAGAAGUACAGAAAAUAUUAGUGGCUCCUUGUUUUAUCCGACUAUCUCAAGCAUAUGUUCGGUCUAAGUGUCUUCCUUUUACACCAACAGUUAAAAGAGGUAAAACACGAUGCACAAGGUGGGCGAAGUAUAAAAUUCCUCUCCAUUUUUUUCUCUUGUAAAAAGUUCAUGUGUAAAAAGCCUAAUCUAUAAUAACAAAAGCAAGGUAAGGGAAAAGAAAUUGAUGCAGCAAAUUACCUUUCAUCCGAACCCAUUUUAUAAUUAUUCCUAAUUUUUUGAUCAAAUUUGCGUUAAAUAGGAUCAAAAGCACAAUAAAAGAAAAAGUAAAUUUUGAUAUUGACGAGUUAAACCCAAUUGAAAGGGUGUUAACUUGCAAAUCUCCAUCAAUUUUUGUUGCAGGAAAAGAUGAUGAUUUCGUUCCUGUGCAUCAUACAAAAUCCUUAUAUAAAAAGUAUGCAGGAGCAAAGCAGCUUUAUUUGGUUGAUGGAAAUCACAAUACUCCAAGGCCUUUAAGCUUUAUCGACAAAGUUGCGCGAUUUUUUUGCUCUAAUUUGCAUUGCAAAAACAGUUCAAAUGGAAGAAUAAUGGCAAGCAUUUUAUCUUUCAUAAAAGAUCAAGAGGAAGGGUCAGGAAAAGAAGAAAUAACUGUCCCAAAUACAAUUACAAUUACAAGAAAAGCAAUGGAAGAAUAUGAUGAAGAAUGAAUACAGAUCCAAAAAGAAUAUAAAAGAGCUCAUAGUGCUCCAACAACGAAAUCAACUCAAGAAAGUGACACUUUGAGUCAUGAAAAAUUUAAAGAUGCAAUUUAA